AUGAUUAAAUCUCUUGCUUCCAGCUGGGUCAAAUCUCCGGGCAAUGAUCUCUGGGACCUGACACGCUCAGCCCGUCUGCCUGUCACAUCCCCCAAGAAGAUCCCCUGCAAUGGCCAGCGAAAGGAGAUUCUCAUUGAGCCGUCGCGCUCUGCGUUGGUGAUUAUUGAUAUGCAGAAUUUCUUCCUGCACCCCGCUCUCAGCCCCAAGGCUACUGCCGGCCGAGCCAUUGUCAACACAAUGGUGAAUAUGAUCCAUGGAUUCCGGAAGGCGGGGAUGAAGGUGCUGUGGGUUAAUUGGGGACUCGACGAGUUCGAUCUCCUGACAAUGCCGCCUGCGUUCCUGGAUGAGUUUUCGACGAAUGACUCCUCGUCGACAUCCUUCGGCUCCGACAUGGGCAUCGUCCCCGGGACAAACAUCUCCGCAGGACGAAAACUGAUGCGCGGAUCGUGGAACGCGCAGCCCUACGGUCCUUUGUAUCCGUUGCAGGUGGAGGGUGUUGCCAGGGGGACGGAUCUUUAUUUUAACAAAAGUACAUAUCUCCUGACUUCUGGCUUUGAUUGGGAAUUUGCAUUGAUUAGGAUUGCUUCUGGCAGAUCGGCUCAGUGGUCUCUGGGGCGCGCAAACCCCGCUGGGUCUAUGGCUGCAGGAGAACGAAAUCACGACGCUGUUUUUCGGGGGCGUAAAUACGGAUCAGUGUGUGUGGUCAACCUUCAUCGACGCCUACUUCAAGGUCAGCCGUUGAUAAUCUCAGACAGGAUCGAAUGGAACCUAGAUACUGAUGGGAAUAGGGCUUUGACGUCAUCCUGGUUGAGGAUAUCUCUGCGACGACGAGUCCGUACUAUGCGACUCAAAUGGUGCGGUAUAAUGCUGAUGGGGAUGGAUUCCUGUCCAACUCGACCCAGAUUCUGCCAGCUUUGGAGGGUUAAGGUUGACCUUGACAUGCACCACAGUUCAGUUCCUCAGCUAUCAAUAGACAAGCAAAAAAGACCGUGCAGUGCUACACAGCCUAAUCUGCCUGGCUUCCAGCUAGGUAGCUAUUACCUUAUAGAAAUCUACUAA